AUGUCUGAUGCUGAGGAUGUGGAUUCUCCUGAAACAAAUCCAGCUGAGACUUCUUGCUACAGUAAAAACAUGGACUUGUAUGCAGCAGAUGUUGAGGAAGAGGACGACGAGCUAGUUGCAGUCAAUGAGGAAAUGAACAUUACACUACCUGACCUUGUGGCAAACUUGUCCCUUGCCAUUGAUCACAAAACAAUCAGCAGGUCAAGGUCCAGUGUUUGGGAUGGAGCAGUCAGAGGUUUUAAGCAUACAACAUGUUCUGAAACCUGUGACAUGCUGGUCAGAUUUACUGAUGAUGCUGGUGUUUUUGAGGAGGGAAUUGACACAGGUAGUCCAAGAAGAUAAUUUUUAACUCUGCUAAUGAAACACUUGAAAGACCGGCCCAUUUUUGAUGGACCAGAAGGACAUCGGUUCUUGGUCUACAAUGCAAAUGCUGUCAGGGAGGAUGAAUACUUCCUGGCAGGAAAGAUGAUUGCAGUGUCAGUUGUACGUGGAGGUCCAGGACCCCGUUUCCUGUCAGAAGAUUUUGUGCAUUAUCUUGCUGGCCAGCCUUCGUCCAGAUCAACAGCUAAUUUAAUAAUCGAUGAAGACAUAGGGAAAGCUUUGCGAGAGAUUGAGAGUGUUGCUUCAUUGGAUGUUCUACAAGCAUGUAUCCUGAGACGCAGCACAAUGUUACAGACAGCAGGCUGUCUGAGGCAUGUGGCUGCUGUGGAAGAAAAGAAAGGAAUCGUGGCAGACUACCUCCGAUGGUGUAUUAUUGACCGCAGCUCAUCUGUAAUUAAUAGAUUCAAACAUGGUCUUUCAGUCCUUCAGUUUUUGACUGCACUACAGCAGCACCCUUCUUUGCUGACUCCUGUCCUGUGCCACUCUGAAGAGCCGCUCACUGGCUUUGAACUUGAGGGACUCUUUAAAGCAGCG